ACCCGAGCUUUACUACUGGGACAGGACGUCAAGAAGGUCAGACUAAACAAAACAGACGAGUCUGAAUGGUUGCAAUGGACUCUAUUAGUGGGGUCUGCAAUCCCCUCUUGGGGUUCUGGAAUUGGAAUGAGACUCAGCCCCUGGGACUCCAGAUGUUCAGCCCAUGCCUCUUGAAUGCAGCUGUGGCCUGGCUUCCCUCAAUCUACCUGUGGGUCAUUAGCCCCUUCUACUUCCUCUACCUUCGCUACAACAACAGGGGCUAUAUUCGGAUGUCAUGCCUCUUCAAAGCUAAAAUGGUGCUUGGCUUCACCUUGAUCCUCCUGGGUUUUUCUGACAUAAUCUUCACUCUUUGGAAAAUCAAAGGAGGAACGCCUCAAGCCUCUGAAUUCCUGAUCAGUCCUACAGUAUGGCUCAUCACAAUGGUCCUGGUGGUAUUCCUCAUCCAUUCAGAGAGGCAGAAGGGCAUCCAGUCAUCAGGAGUGCUGUUCAUUUACUGGCUACUCUGCUCCCUCUCCAUGGUGGCCACAGUCAGUGCCACAGUGUACCAAGCCCAGCAAGGAGGCUUCCCAGAAAACACUUUCCGCCACCUCAUAACCUAUUUUUAUUCAGCUCUGAUUGGUGCACAAUUUGUAUUGUCCUUCCUAGCUGACCAGCCACCAUUCUUCUCAAAAAUCCUUCAUGACUCAAACCCGUGUCCUGAAUUUGGAGCCUCAUUCCCUUCCAAAGCCACAUUCUGGUGGUUUUCUAGGCUGGUAUGGCAGGGCUACAGGAAGCCCUUAGAGAUGGAUGACCUCUGGUCACUUGGGAAAGAAAAUUCGUCUGAGGACAUCAUACCGCAACUUGAAAGAGAAUGGAAGAAGCUGUGUAAUGAAGCCCAACAGACCAAAGAGGAAGUAAGAUUUGAAAGGGGUGGAAAAAAUAGAGCUGAACCAACAUUCCCUUCAGAGACUGAAGCUUUCCUGCAGGGGCAGCAGAAUUCUCGACUCCCUUUGCUGAAGGCAAUCUGGAAAGUGUUUAAUGUCCCCUUCCUCCUUGGGACUCUUAUUUUAAUCAUCUGCGAUAUCUUCAGGUUUGCUGUCCCAAAGAUCCUGAGCUUUUUUCUAGAGUUCAUCGGUGACCCUGAGGCUCCAGCCUGGAAGGGCUAUUUCUAUGCAGUACUACUCUUCCUUUCUGCCUGCCUGCAGACCCUGUUUGAGCAAUACUACACCUAUGUGUGCAUGGUCUUGCAGCUAAGACUGAAGACAGCUGUGAUUGGCUUGGUGUACAGGAAGGUUUUAGCUCUAUCAAGUGGUAUGAGGAAAACUGCUGCAGUGGGAGAGAUCAUCAACCUGUUGUCUGUGGAUAUACAACGAUUGAUGGAUGCUCUUUUGUAUCUGAAUGGUCUGUGGCUUCCUGUGGUCUGGAUGACUAUCUGCUUCACAUUCCUUUGGCAGCUCUUAGGCACAUCUGCUUUGACAGCCAUCGCCGUCUUUCUCAUCCUUCUUCCUUUGAAUUUCGUCAUCACCAAGAAGAGGAGCCAUUUUCAGGAGGUACAGAUGCUGCACAAAGAUCAUCGGGCCCGGCUGACGGAUUCCGUCCUCAGGAACAUGAAAAUCAUCAAGCUACAUGGCUGGGAAGAAGCUUUUAUGGAGAAGAUCCUGAAUAUCCGAAGAGGAGAGCUUCAGGCCUUGAAGAACUCUGGAUUCCUCUUCACAGUGUCUUUGGUGUCCUUCCAUUUGUCCACAUUUCUGGUUUCUCUGGUCAUGUUUGCUGUCUAUGCGCUGUCAGAUGAGAAGCACAUCCUGGAUGCUGAAAAAGCUUUUGUGGCUCUGACGGUCAUCAAUAUUCUCAACAGGGCCCAGGCUUUCCUGCCAUUUUCCAUCAAUUCUAUCUUCCAGGCCUGGGUUUCCUUGGCUCGCCUAGCUGCUUUCCUCAAUCUGGAAGAGGCAGAGCCCAGAGCAAUUAACACAAGCCCCUUAGGGGAGGAAUGCAUCUCUGUCCAAGAUGGCACCUUUGCGUGGUCUCAGGAAAGCUCUCCCUGCCUUCAAAGAAUAAACUUGGCUGUGCCACGGGGCUCCUUGUUCGCUGUAGUUGGCUCAGUGGGUUCAGGGAAGUCCUCAUUGCUGUCAGCGCUCCUGGGGGAGUUGUCCAAAUUGGAGGGAUAUGUGAACGUUAAGGGCUCAGUGGCUUAUGUACCUCAGGAAGCAUGGAUCCAGAAUGCUUCAGUGAAAGACAAUGUGUGCUUUGGACAGAAGCUGGAUAUACCAUGGUUAGACAGAGUUCUGGAGGCUUGUGCAUUGCAUCCAGACCUUGCAAGUUUUCCUGCUGGAAUCCACACGGAGAUAGGUGAACAGGGCAUCAACCUUUCUGGAGGCCAGAAGCAGAGGCUGAGUCUGGCUCGUGCUGUGUACAAGAAAGCAUCUGUCUACCUACUGGAUGACCCUCUUGCAGCUUUGGAUGUUCAUGUGGGCCAGCACAUCUUUGACCAUGUCAUUGGGCCAGGCGGAUUGCUCCAAGGAAAGACUCGCAUUCUUGUGACCCAGGCAGUCCACAUCCUACUGCAGGUUGAUCACAUCAUCGUGAUGGUCGAUGGAGUAGUUGCUGAGAGUGGCUCCUAUCAGGAGCUCCUACAGAGGAAUGGCCCUUUUGCAGACUUCCUAGGCCAGGCAAAACAAGAAGAGACCAGUCACAACCAAGAAAUGAAGCUUUCAGAAGUUAAGAAGAGCUCCAGGAAUAUUUCAGAAGGUGGGGCCUCUGCAGGAGAAGCAUACAGCAUCAUGGAGGACUCCCAUGAAAAGAGCCGCACAACCCUACAGAGCCAGGCCGAGGGCACCAGGAUGGCAGGACAGCUGACCGAAGGGGACAGAGUACAAUAUGGCAGGGUGAAUGCUGUUCUGUACCUGGACUACCUGAGGGCAGUGGGAGCACCCAUCUGCCUUUCCGUGAUGUUUUUAUUCCUCUGUCAGCAGCUGGUCUCCUUCUCUCGUGGUUACUGGCUUGGUCUUUGGGCCGAUGACCCCAUCACGAAUGGAACCCAGCAGCACACAGGACUUCGGGUUGGGGUCUUUGGGCUCCUAGGCUGUUUCCAAGCCAUUGGAAGAUUCGGCUCCAUUGCGGUUGUCCUACUGGGGGGAGUUCAAGCAUCUCAACAGCUGUUCCAGGGGCUCCUGUAUGAUGUGGCCCGGUCCCCCAUGACCUUCUUUGAGCAGACACCUAUAGGAAAUCUGCUUAAUCGCUUCUCUAAGGAGACUGAUGCCAUCGAUGUUGUGAUCCCAGACAAGUUCAAGUCUUUUUUAGGUUUCCUGUUUGGAUUUUUGGAGGUGAUCUUGGUGGUAGUAGUAACUACUCCACUGGCUGCUGUGGUGGUCCUGCCCCUUGUGGCUCUCUACAUUGGGCUGCAGAGUCUGUAUGUUGCCAGUUCAUGUCAGCUGAGGCGCUUGGAGUCAGCUAGCCGCUCACCCAUCUACUCCCACAUCUCAGAGACGUUCCAAGGGAAUGCUGUGAUUCGGGCCUUCCAGGCUCAGGACCAGUUUAUUGUACAGAAUGACUCAAGGAUAGAUGAGCACCAGAGAGCCAGCUUCCCCAGGCUAGUUGCUGACAGGUGGCUGGCAACCAACAUGGAGAUGCUAGGAAAUAUUCUUAUCUUCACCGCUGCUUUCUUCGCCGUGUUCAGCAAGCCCCACCUCAGCCCAGGGAUCGUGGGGUUUUCCGUUUCAAUGGCUCUCCAGGUGACUGAGAUCCUGCACUGGGCAGUGCGUUCCUGGACAGACCUGGAGAAUAACAUUGUCUCUGUGGAGAGGAUGAGAGACUACACUAAGACCUCCAAGGAGGCCCCUUGGACCUUGCCCCACAAUGGAAUCUGUCACACUUGGCCUACCAUGGGGCAGAUUGAAUUUCGAGGCUACAGCUUAAGGUACAGGCCAGAGUUGGCAUUGGCUUUGCGGAAUCUGACUGUGAAAAUUCACCCACAGGAGAAGAUUGGUAUUGUUGGUCGGACAGGGGCAGGGAAAUCAUCCCUCAUUGCUAGCCUCUUGAGGCUCAUCGAAGCUGCAGAAGGAGGGAUCUGGAUUGAUGGGGUGAAUAUCAGUCAAGUGGGGCUCCACGCCCUGAGGUCCAAAAUAACCAUCAUCCCUCAGGACCCAAUCUUGUUUCCUGGCUCCAUGAGAAUGAACCUUGAUCUCUUGGAUGAACAUUCUGACCAUGAGAUUUGGGGGGCCCUAGAGAUGGUUCAGCUUAAGAGCUUCGUUUUAGGUCUCCCUGGCCAGCUACAAUAUGAGUGCUCAGACCAAGGAGACAACUUGAGCGUAGGCCAGAAGCAGCUCUUAUGUCUGGCCAGAGGGCUGCUCCGGAAAACCAAAAUCCUUUUGCUGGAUGAAGCCACAGCUUCUGUGGAUCUUCAGAGUGAUCUCCAGAUCCAGGCCGUCCUCCGGGAUCAGUUUGUAGAUUGCACGGUGCUGACCAUCGCCCACCGUCUACACACGGUGAUGGAUUGCAGCAGGAUUCUAGUCAUGGACAAUGGAGUAGUGGCAGAGUUUGGUACCCCAACCCAGUUGCUGGCUCAGAGAGGACUGUUCUACAGACUGGCAGAAGAGUCAGGCCUCAUCUGAUCUUGUUCUGGAGAGCCAGGUAUUAAUGACUUCACAAAAGGAGGAGAGGGCAUUCACCUGCAAUCCGGGAUGGACUCGUGCUUGGCCUAAAUUUGAAUGCCUCUGUAAAGUGGGACCACACUCCUAAGGCAAGAUUUAUGAUACAUGGAUGCAGAGAAAAGGGGUCAAAGUCCUGGUGGAUCUUAGGCCGCACUGGCAACCAUUACAUAUAGGUCAGAGCCCAGUGGAUUUUUGUGUCCCAGCGAUUCAGAUAGAUGGUUCAUUUCACUAGACUGUUCAUUCUCUAUACCCAACCGCAGUAUCAAAGGACAAGUGAAUAGGAAUUAGGGCAGGAGUGGGGCCCAAAGGACCAUCAGCCCCUCCCCUACACAGAGUCAAUACCAGCACCCUGUUCACCCUCCUCAGCUUUAUUUCUGCAACCCACUGCCACCCCAUGUUGAUGCUAUGAAUAAAGAGCUUGCAGGAUGCAGUC